AGAUUCAAUCUCGCCUUGACGGUCAGCUUCUUCAAGUCCUGUAUAAAGUCGUCACCACUGGUGGCUUCUUGUUGAGAUUGAUGAAUUUCUGCACCUAUUAAAAGGAGGAAAACUUUUCAUUUUUCGAGGGAGAAGAUUAGGCCUAUGCAGUGUAAUUUGGCAAAAAAUAGAGCUGUAUGCAGAGUAGAAAAGUUUGAUAUGAUGACCUCCUGGUGAACCGUGUAUUACUGGCAACGUUUCUGGACGCACGCACCGCUCACAUUUCCCUUUGUUCAAACGGAAAAUGUUUAUCUACCCUACAUCCGACAGCGAGCCUUGAUUUGUGGAGCUUUUCUACUUUACUCUCGACCUUUCUCACUCUAGCUAUGCAUCGCGAUAGACCUGGCAUCCGGAUCAUUAACAAUACAUCGCACGCGCAGUUCCACGCGUGCUCCUGUACCAUCAUCAGCUCUGGUUAACUUUUUCUAAAAACGACUACAGUUUUUGGUAGUGCGUUGCUCACUUCAAGAUCUGGCCGGUGAAAAGAUGCGGUACGACGAACUCGCAUCGUAAAACAAAAAAAAAUCGUCAUAUUCAUCGCGAGCGAGCGAGCAGGAACAGUAGCACGGAUGUCAGUGAUACGAUAAAGACUCGCAUCUUGUUAGCGGAUUCCUCGAUUGUUGCUGGGAUGCUGGGGCAUGCAGAGGUUGAAGCCUAGAAUUAUUACUGUGACCCAGAGUUCACUAGCCUGGUUGGAAGGCCCUAUACAGCUAGUCCUCAUCCCAUGUUUUACGGCAAGAAAUCUGAAACCCCAUCGUGCUGUUUACCAAACGAUCAUGUAGCGGAACCAUCAAACGUGUCCUGAAUUAUUGCACUCUUCCAUUUUAAAAAAAUACUCAAAUGCAGCUGUAUUAAUUCGACAACUUUCGACUAAAUAAGGUGGAAAAAGUUUUGAGAACGAACGCGGCGAUUGGUGAAGAUCGAUCCGAUGGUGAUCUGUGCAAACGUAUGGAUUUGAGAGUAUACAAUCUCAUAUUGGUUAUUCUGUAACUGGAAACUAUUAGGCUUGUGGCUCAAUAUGGAAUGGACAAAUGUGCAUCUUUCGUUGUUGGUGUUGACCUGUUUUAGUACAGUGAUAUCUGUAUUUGCGGAAGAAGGGUACUUGGUGGCAUACCCUCUCGCCUUUCGACCAGGGGUAUCGGAGAAACUCAGUGUGACCAUCUUUGACUACAAUGAACCAAUUCUGGUGGAAGCCAGGAUAAGAUGGAGAAACAAAACCCUUGCUAACAUCGGCGAAACCAUUUCAGGCAAAGGGUCAUUGAUACUGAAAGUACCAGAUUAUGUAACCGGAAAGGCGGUUCUUGAAAUAUGUGGUAACUGCCAGCUCGGAUCUCAGGGUUUCAACUUCAAGAACUCGUCUGAAAUCACGGUCUUAGAGAAAAGCACAUCCGUCUUUAUUCAGACCGAUAAACCGAUUUACAAACCGGAACAAAAAGUUCUUAUUAAUUUAUUCACUACGGGUCCAGAUCUGAGACCUAAAAACGUACCGAUGCUGGUUUACAUCUUGGAUCCGAAAGGGGCCAGGAUGAUCCAGUGGAAAAAUCUUGAGCCAACAUGCUGUGGAAUUGUUAACGCGAGUUUCCCUCUAUCUGAUCAGCCUGUGCUCGGAGUGUGGACUAUUCUAGUGGAUAUGCAAGGUCACAUGUAUAACAAAACCUUCACCGUCGAAAAAUAUGUUUUGCCGAGGUUUGAAGUUAUCAUAGAUCCACCGGGGUUUAUUCGAGAUACAAACAAGUGCAGUCGGGUGGCAGUCCAUGCUAGAUACACUUUCAAACAACCUGUGAAAGGAAAACUCACCAUCAAUAUGAAUCUUCAUGGUCUGGGGUAUUUUGACGACUAUGUGGGUAGAAAUAUGUACCUUUUCAUGGACAUUAAUGGUACGGCCAUGUUUGAUCUCUGUAUCAACAACCUGACGAACUCGCCCCUCAAGAAUCACUUCCGAGGCACCAUCCGAAUCGAAGCCAGUGUGACGAGCAACGAUGGAAAUGUCUUCACAGCAAUGGACGAGACAUGCCUGGUUCACAAACAACUCGUCUCAAUCGAAUUCGCCCCAGAAACGAAGAAACAUUUCAAGCCCGGGCUUCCUUACUACGGAAGGCUGUUCGUAUUCUAUCCCGACGACACACCAGCCAGCAAUGUCGUCGUCCGAAUCAACGUCGACAAGAACACAGACAUUGUUUUCAGGGAAGAGUACGAGGCCGUGGACGGAGAGGUGUCGUUUGUAAUCCCAUUACUUCCAGAUGGAGACGGACUUCUUUGGCUAGAUGCUCUCAUAGUAGCAGUUGAUGGAAAAUCAGUUGGUAGCAGCUACCUUUCGCAUUUCUUAUCACUUGGGAGCUGGUAUUCACCCAGCAGUUGCCACCUAUUAAUGAAAGCACAACCGAAAUUAAAGGUGGGAAAGAGGGCUUCUGUAAAGAUUCAGUCGACCUGCCCCUGUAACUUUAGCCUCCAUUAUGAGGUCAUGGCACGUGGUAACAUCGUUACGUCAGGAGUCAGUGAAGUAGGGAGGCAGAAAAGAGAAGCUAACCAGGCUCUUGAAGCCGAACUGAACAGUACUAUAUCACAAUGUGAGACAGAGAUCAGUUUUAUGGUGACUGCAGCUAUGUCUCCGACCAGUCGCCUCUUGGUCUAUUACGUCAGAGAUGACGAAGAAGGCGUGGUCGACACGAUGCAAAUCGAGGUGGAACCUAGCUUUGAGAAUAAGGUAACUGUGACAUGGUCGAGGAAUGAAACAACUCCCAAGUCGCAUGUUAACAUGUUGAUAUCUGCGAAGCCUGACUCGUGCGUAUGUGUAGCGACAGUGGACAAGAGUGUUCAACUACUACGACCGGGAUAUCAGAUUACACCGGAAAAGGUUUUUGCAGAAUUAGCAAAGUACGAUCUUUCUGAAGAGCGUUAUGAGGACACGUUCUGGUGGAGGAGUACAUUUAGAAGAAAACGAUCGCCGAUGUGGAACGCCAUGAGACUUCGAGAUGCUGACUUUGCUUUCAGGGAAGCAGGCUUGAGGGUCAUGACUAAUAAAGUACAACUUCGAUUUCAAGAUUUAUCGGCUCUUCACGGAGACGGGACUGGCUUUAGUCCACAUGUUGCUACAAAGAGAUCAGUUCAAAGUACAGACAAGCGAAGAAGAGCUUACUUUCCAGAGACAUGGAUAUUUAACUGUUUCAACAUUAGUUCUACGAGGAGUGACAACUACAUCCAGCUGCAGCUUCCAGACUCCAUCACAACCUGGCAAACCGACGUGGUUGCCCUCUCCCAGGCACACGGGAUGGGCGUGGCUACUACCGCACCCCUAGUUGCAUUUAAGGAGUUCUUUGUGGAAUACACCCUUCCAUACUCUGUGAUUCGAGGGGAGCAGCUCCGAGUACCACUGACCGUCUUCAACUACUUAGAUGUCUGUGUAAAGGUGAGGGUGUCCAUGCAAAUUCAAGAAGGUGUUAAGUUCCUGAACCAUGGGGGUCGUGGUCACACCUUUGACCAAUGCCUCCAGGCCAAGGAGAGUUUGACCACUCAGGUUGAGCUGGUAUUCAAUGAGCUGGGCCAGAAAAGGAUUCAUGCUGGCGCUGAAGCUCUGAUGACCAUGUCAUGUGAUUGUAAUGAUGAGGGUGCCCUAGGUGACAUGCCAGCAACUCUUCUGGCAUUGGAUAAAGUCACUAAUAACAUUCUUGUUGAACCUGAAGGGAUUCUCAGGGGCUACACUUACAGUGUGUUCUUCUGUCCAAAUGAACGGAUCCACAUUUCCACUCCCAACUACGAUGAAUACCAAUUUCUUCAUCCACCCGAGAAUAUGGAUUCCUUUUCUUUCCUCUGCAAGGCUACUAGCAAUGCUAAGCUUGCUUUGUCUCGGGAUCAGACAGACAACAUUGACUAUGAAAUAGUACUUGGAGGCCUAGACAACACACAGUCAUGGAUCUCAAAGGGAAGAGAUGGUGACAGACUGCAGAUUCACAUGACACCAAAUAUUGUGAGUUGGGAGGAAUUCAGAGCUUUCUGGAUUAGCUGGACUGACGGACAAAUUCAGAUCGGUUAUGGGGAGACAAAAUCCAAUGUAUCGGUCAUUCUAACCCUGGUGGACCCUUCAGCCAUUGGUAUGACCGUCCAGUACAUCGGCUUUGCUACAGGCUCAGGAUCGCUUGGAGAAUUCAGGAUUUGGAAGAGGAAAGGUAACGAUGAGAUAUAUCAUGAGGCGUUUACUCUGUCUUUACCACUCAACUUUGUCCCUGGGUCUGAGAGAGCACAAGCUACAAUGAUCGCUGACGUGAUGGGGCCCACACUGAACAAUCUUCACAACUUGAUUCGCCUGCCAUUCGGUUGUGGAGAACAGAAUAUGAUCCAUUUCGCUCCUAAUGUCUACAUCAUGAGGUACCUCCAACGGACCAACCAGUUCGAACCAGAAAUCAAGAAUGAAGCAACGGGUUACCUUAUUCAGGGGUACCAGCGCCAGCUGACGUACAAGAGGCAUGAUGGUUCCUACAGUGCCUUUGGUGAGAAUGACUCCUCGGGGAGCAUGUGGCUCACAGCAUUUGUUCUCAAGUCCUUUGCUCAGUCUAGAUCAUUCAUCUACAUUGACCCCAGAGAGAUGGCACAAAGCAGACGUUGGAUCAUUUCACAGAAAGAAGACGAUGGAUCAUUUCCACCAGUAGGCAGAGUGCUCAACAAAGAUAUACAGGGUGGCAUACAAGGCAAGGUCUCCCUGACAGCCUACGUGGUGGUGGCGCUCAUGGAAGCUGGGGUGGAUUCCCAGGAGGAGAGAGAUUCUAUCAAGGAGGCCCAGAAGUUUCUUGAGGACAACAUCCACCCUGAUGCCAUCACUGACCCUUACACUGCUGCCCUUGUGGCCUACGCUCUGACCCUGAGGAAGAGUGAUUACGCUCCAACGGCUGAAAGCAUUCUCUCUAAUAUGGCCAUUAGGAAAGGUGAUCAAACCUACUGGCGACUGAGCGACCAGCCCCUAGAAUCUCUGCCUUUCUUUGCUCACAUGGGAAACAUCAAGCAGACAGUCACGUCAGCCGAGGUGGAGAUGACCGCCUAUGCUCUCCUCACCUACACACUGCUAGGAGACAUUGCUUACUCCCUGCCCAUUGUGAAAUGGCUGACACAGCAGAGGAACUCGCUGGGUGGCUUCUCAAGUACACAGGAUACCUGUGUUGCUCUUCAAGCUCUCUCAGAGUAUGCCACACUAGCUUACGUUGGACACGUCAGUCUGAAUGUCACCCUGGCUUACACCAACUUUAUUACAUCAGUAGAGGAACAAUUCUACCUUAACAACGAGAACAGCAAAGUUCUGCAAGUUAUGGAGAUCCCUGCUUUCACCCAGACUCUUUUCAUUGGAGCAGUUGGUGAAGGAUGUGGUUUGAUGCAGGUGGAUAUGUCAUACAACAUCCCAGACCCCACUAAGAAUGAGGCCUUCAAGCUGAACGUUAAGAUGUCUGAGAUGCCUUCAUCGCCCAAUCAGAGGAGACGACGUCGCAGGAGUCUGAUCGGGACCAACAAUGAGGUGACAUCUGACCUGGCAACAGAUGAUGACUACAGGGUCAGCAUCGAAGUCUGUUCAAGGUGGCUGCAUGCAGGUUCCUCUAACAUGGCAGUGGUAGAGGUAUCUCUCUUGACUGGAUUCUCUGCAGAUAUUGAGAGCUUAGAGAGGCUCAUCAUGGAUCGGCAGAACAAACUGAAGCGCUAUGAGAUAGAUGGCCGACGAGUCAUUCUUUACUUUGAUGAGAUCUCCAGUCAGUGCAUGACCUGUGUGAUCUUCAAUGCCUGGAGGAACUUUGUUGUAGGCAAGAUGCAACCAGUCCCUGUCAAGGUCUAUGAUUACUACGAACCUCAUUAUGAAGAGACUCGUUUCUACAAUGUAAGCAGUGCAAGCCCCUUGGCAAGAGAACUAUGUGAAGAAGACCAUCCUGACUGUAAUCGUGUAGAGGACCAGACUGGGCCCAGGGAAGAGUUCCCAACCAUCAUAGUGUCCAACAGUGAUGAUGACCACAGCCCAGCUGAUCAGCUGACGUGUGGUUGUCAGCGAUCAUGUCAGCAUGAACCAGGGUCUGCUGUCUGCGGGUCUGAUGGACGGAUCUAUGAGAACUACUGCUACAUGGAGGUCGCUUCAUGUCAGAUGGAGAUGGGUAUCAGAGCUAUGCCCAAAGAUAUGUGCCCAGAACAAGAGCCUGUACAUUCAGGCACCACCAGACAGGAGCGCCCUACAGGUGAGAUCCGGCAACCUUUGAAACCCGAGGUGACCGUCCCUGACAACAACAUCAACGACAACCCUACCAUGACUGUCACUCAGUCCAGUUUUGUCUUCAAACCUGAUGACAACACCACCAGUAUCAGUUCCAUCUCCAACACCACCAGUGAGAGCACUUCAGAGUUUGAUUCCGAGGACAGCUCAGCAGCAUCCUCAUCUUUGUUUGAGGAAGGCAGGAAGGUCAUCGGCAGCGCAGAUUUUGUGGACUCACUGGACUUUGGACUGGACGAUGUUGAUGACAUUUACAAGGACGUGGAAGUGGAGACAGGAACAGAUUCAAUGGAAGACUUCAUACCAGAAGUGACAAAAAUCACUCCAAUCUUGAUUGAUUUGAAGAACCAGAAAGGAUUGGGCUUAGGACUAGAUCUAGAGGAUGUUAAAGAUCUUGUUGAAGAAAUAAACCUUAGCCCAAAGGAUCAACAGUCCUUGAAUGAAGAACAUGUCUUAUCUGAUGAAGGUGUGAACUACCCUGAGCUACCUCCUACACCAACAUCAAGUAUCACCCCAAAGACUCUUCCUAUCAAGACAUCACCAGACUUGCAACCGAAUACAACAAACCCAACUAACGGAACUUCCACGCCUCCUGAAGUGGGCUUGAACCCAGCAGUACCAUCUGGAUUGGUUCCUGGGCUACCUGAGGACAGGGAUUCACAUGGACCCAUACCAGCAGCUGACAUUGCACAAAUAUCAGCUGCGAUCCGUGGUCUGGAGACGGCAGGAGAUAUGCAACUGGAAGAAGAACCAGGACAACUAGUGGAAGACUCUGAGGUUGUUCUGCACAAACCGGUCGAGCCCACUCCUAAAUCCACAGGUACUGAUCAUGAUCAGUCUGAAGAAGGUCCAGUCCAAAGUAACAAUGAGACUCUCCAAAUAGCAAAUGGUCAAGAUCAGCCAGUGCCGGUUGAAACCAGAUCAGACCGGUUUCAAAGUGGACUCCCUCUGGAUCAAACUGGAGUGUUAAAAUCACCAACUGAUCAGGUAGAGGAGGCUGUGAAAGCGUCACAUCAUCAUCAUCAUCGUAAUCAUCUCACCCAUCAUGCACCUGAACCAAGCACCACAGUCGCAACGGGCAGAAGGCGGAAACGAGAUUCAGAAUAAAGAAAAACUUCCUUGAGGAUAUCAUCUCUUCCAGCGUUUUCUGCUUUUAUAAAGACUGUGUAAAAGAUCUGUAGACUCAGGGCUCCUUUGAAGUAUGCUGUUUGCCCAUGAAUUAGGCCAACCAUCAGUGUGUUCUUGUAUAGUUUCAUUUAUUUAAUCUCAUAUAUCAAGACCAGUAAUUAUUCCAUUGUGAGGUUCCCUUUUUCAGCUGAAGUUUAACAUAUUUGGACUUCUGGUGAAGUAUGUGAAAAUGAGUAUAUUUCAUGUCGGACAGAGUAAUAAAUCUUGUCAUUACAAACAAUUGGCACUCUCAACGAUUAAACACAUAUACUCCACAUAGUGAUAGACUUACAGUAUUUUAAUUUGACCUGAUAAACACCUGGAAUUUUUUUUGGAGAAGAUCUGAUAACUAUGUGUUGGGGCUAAUACAAACUUUAUAAGCUGUAUAGGCAUCAAACUGCACAUAUCCAAGUGCCUUUAUAAUUCACUCCCACAGCAUAGAGUAAUACAAGUUUUUUUUUAAAAGUGAAUUCAUGAAUUUUUAAUAUUUUUGUUAGAUACUGUGCAAAUUUAUUUUGUAUGACUUUAUUUUAAAGGUUCUAAUUUAUAGAAGCAAAUAAUUAUCAAUCUGGACUAUUUUGUCCAUAACUCUAACUUGAAUUAAAAAAAA